AUGGCAGUCACAACCGGGGGAGUCGCGACGACUACAGCGGUUCCACCGCUGCGGCAAUUCUCUUUCUUUGAUGUUGAGCCUGUGAAGGACAUUCAUGAUCUGGGAAGCUCGCCGGACAUAUUCAAAGUGCGAGUUGCAGAAGCCUUUCCCCAGCGAAGCUCAUGUUAUAUGCACGGUAGUAUACAUAUGGUCAACAAAGACUUCGUGUCGACGACCAGUUGGAUCGCACAUGUAGGCGGACGUGUCACACAUAUGGUCGAAAGGCAGGGUAUAUUGGUGACGCUCGGGGAAGAAGAUGCAGUGCGUUCUCCCCUUCUCAAGAUAUGGGAACUAGGAAAGGUCGACAAAAACACCGGUGCACCAAAUCUCCUGCGGUCCACAAAAGUUCAACCUAGCAACCGACCACACCCUGUAUCAGCAGUUGCCCUUUCUGCGGCGUUGUCCUACCUUGCGAUUGGUCUCGGUGAUGGUACUGUUCUCCUGUACCGCCAUUUAGACCAGUCUAUCUUUUCAGGUUCCACCUCUCUAACAGCUUUACCCAAAACAAGGACAGUCCACGAAUCUCCGGCUGAACCGAUUACUGGUCUAGGUUUCAAGGAACCUACCGAAACCAACCCCAACUUGCAUCUGUUCAUUGUAACAAUCAACGGCGUCAGAUCAUAUCACGUUUCUGGCAAGGGGAGCGGUGGAGCGUCUACGAUAGUCGAUGAAGUUGGAUGUGGGCUUGGGUGCGCAACGAUGGACUGGCGUGCGAGUGACAUUGUGAUUGCCCGAGAUGAUGCAAUAUAUGUUUGUGGAGUGGAGGGUCGAGGACCGACCUAUGCAUACGAAGGCCACAAGUCAUCUGUCCAUACUCACCUCAAUUACCUCGUUGUCGUGUCACCUCCAUUUGCUCCUAGUGCUGCGUCUGCGUCUGCGACUGUUCGGAACUUUGUCUCCAAAAAUGCUACUAUUGGGGACACAGACAUAACAAAAGUUACUGUUUUUGACCUCGAGAACAAGUUGGUCGCUUAUUCAGGCACAUUCGUGGAAGGAGUUCGAGAGGUCAUUUCAGAAUGGGGUAAUAUAUACAUUCUAACCAACGAGGGAAAGCUUUCUUGCCUUGUGGAAAAACCAACGUCUGCCAAGCUAGAUAUGCUAUACCAAAAGGCUCUGUACCCUUUAGCUCUCGAUUUGGCUAAGACGCUGCGUCUAGAUGAAGUAUCAGUCGCUGAGAUUCAUCGCCAAUUCGGUGAUAGUCUAUAUGCCAAAGGAGAUUAUGACGGAGCCAUGCAGCAAUUUGUUCAAACCAUUGGUCAAAUACAGCCUAGUUACGUGAUACGCAAGUUUUUGGAUGCACAACGGAUACACAAUCUCGUCACGUAUCUACAAGAAUUGCACACACUUGGACUCGCUAAUUCGGACCAUACGACGCUUUUGCUCAAUACAUAUACAAAGUUGAAAGAUGUUUCGCGCUUGGAUAGUUUCAUCAAGACAGAAUCCAGGCGCUCGUCAUCGGAUGAGGAAAAGGACGAACUUCCGUUUGAUCUGGACACUGCUAUCCGAGUGUGUCGGCAGGCGGGAUAUUUCGAGCAUGCUUCUUACCUUGCGAAAAAGUACGAAAGGCACGAAGAUUACUUACGGAUCCAGGUUGAAGAUGCGGGCAACUUCAAGGACGCACUGGUAUACAUGCGUAAACUUGGGUCGGAAACAGCGGAAAGCAAUUUGGCACGGUAUGGUAGAGCAAUGCUAAAUAGUCUACCAGAGGAGACUACACAGCUCCUCAUCGACCUUUGCACAAGCUCUGGCUCUCUAGUACAACCUGAAGUAGAAGAAGCGCCUAUUACCACCUCGAAAUCGCUGGGUGGAGCUGCUCCUUCAUACCUCUCGUACCUGGCUAUUAGUCGUGCACCUGCAGCCGCACCGACCGUAUCUAAUGAUGCCUCUGUGCUACCAUCACCAUCAGUGAAGACAGUGAAGCCAGUGGAUGCACAGGAAACCCCAAGCGAUAACUCGGGAUCUUCGACGCCCUCCCCCAUCAUCGCGGCUCCCUCUACGAGCGCCAUACGUGCAGCGCCACUGAAGAAACCCUCUCCGCGGCUGUACUUUGCGCACUUUGUGGAUCAUAUGGAUUAUUUUAUGGUAUUCCUUGAGACUGUCGCACGGAAACGCUGGGGCCAGAGCAUUGAUGGGCCUGUCGAGCCAUCCAGCAACGACCUUCCUGCCGACGAACAAGCAGAGAAGCGCGACCAAAUCGCUAUAUGGAACACUCUUUUGGAGUUAUAUUUGACUCUACCAGAGUCUCAUUCUAACGAAUCGCUCCGAGAAAAGGCUAUCCGACUACUUAAGAGUGACCUCCCGUAUGACCCAACGCAUGCCUUGAUUCUCUGUUCUAGCCAUCAGUAUACAUCCGGACUCGUCCUACUGUGGGAGAAGAUGGGGAUGUACGAAAGUGUGCUCCGUUUCUGGAUGGACCAGGAUAAAGAAGGCAAGAUACCUGAUGCUUCGGUUGAAGUGGUCAAAGCCCUUGAGCUGUAUGGCUCUUCAAAUCCUCAUCUAUAUCCCCUCGUCCUGCGGUUUUUGACUUCAACGCCUGAAUUGUUGUCAAGUCAUAAAGCAGAUAUCGGGGCAGUUUUGGAGCACAUCGAACAAGAGAAGAUAAUGCCCCCUCUCAGUGUCAUCCAAGUGCUGAGUAGAAAUGGAGUAGCAAGCGUUGGUUUGGUCAAACAAUGGCUUAUGACGCGUAUCAAGGAGUCUCGAGAAGAAAUACAGAUGGAUCACCAAUUAAUCAGCUCUUAUCGACAGGAAACUAAGACGAAGCUUAAGCAAGUUGAAGACUUGGCCGAUCCAGAGCAUCCUAGAGUAUUCCACGUUACCCGAUGCUCAAGCUGUGGGGGACAGCUCGAUUUACCAAGUAUUCAUUUCAUGUGCAACCACAGUUAUCACCAAAGGUGUCUGGUGAACAGUGAAACUGAAUGCCCAACCUGCGCUCGCCAACAUGGAGUUGUUCAGGAGAUUCGGAGAACUAACGAGCGGCUGGCUGAUCAGCACGACCUUUUCUUGUCUGAAGUGGAGGAGAAUGGUUUCCGUGCUGUGGCAGGUGGUUUCAGUCGAGGUGUUCUGAAUAUGACAGGCCUGGAGGGUGUGGCUGCGUGAAGUAGAGCAUUAUUCGAUGGCCUACUUUCUUUCUUUCAAGGUAGGAUGAUCUGUCUGAGAUGAGUCGAUAGUUAUCAGGCGAACGAGUGCGAUUGUUAUACAUCUGUUACACUUCUUCAAUAUAUACAUUAAUCCAGGAUACUAGUUCGUAGUGUACGAUACAUUAAGAUUAAGAGUUGGUCGAAGGGGGUUCCGUUGGCGGCACACCCCAUUCUGGUA